AUUCGUCUGAAUUCCAGUCAGAGGGAUAAAGUAAAAAAGUUUCAAUCGAUAACUCAUUCAAAUGAAAAAGUUGCCAUAAAUUGUCUGCAGAACUAUAAUUGGAAAAUCGAGCAGGCAGUAGACUUUUAUUAUUCUCAAAACCAAGCAAAUUCAAAUCCGCAGGUCAAUGAAACCAAGAUUGCUCUCCUAUUCGAUAAAUACAAAGAUCCCAAGUAUUUUGAUCUUAUCUUGGCUACGGGCAUGGAGCGCUUCCUCGUUCACGAUCUACAACUACCCUUAGAUGGAAUAACAUGCCUUAUGCUGGCUUGGAAAUUCUCUGCUAAGACUCAGGGUGAAUUCACGCGAACGGAAUUUUUAAACGGGAUGCGGGAGUUAGGCAUGAAUAAAUAG